AUGAAGGUCUAGCAAGAACCUUACAAAAUGGGGAACUGUGUAUGUAAUUUGAUUCCUUCAGGUGUGGAACAAAAGCAGCCGUGAGGAAAGUUUCAUCAGAAGUUGAGCCCGGGGCAGCAAUGACGCAAAGGCAACUGCCAAACCGAAGGGCAGUUGCAUAAUUCAACUGAACGCCUUGAGUUAAGGUAAAGCAAGCAACCUUCCUCAAGGCUUUCAAAUGCCCUCCCGUCAUUAUUCACACUGUUAUAAGCGAAGCGGAGAGUAGGAGGGCGAGAAAGACCUCCCUGGAGGUUGCAAAUCAAUGUCUUAAUAAAAAGACAACCGUGGGAGCGGCAGAAUGAUGUAUCUCAUGGAUCUGCAGCAGUGUGACCUCCUGUUAGCAGAUUUACGUCUGCUAGGUCUUCAAAGAGAAUUUCUGGUAGUGAACAUCCACAAGUCCUUGGAGUACAAAAAAAAAAAAUUGAUUUUUGUGGCAGGACUUGCAGUACAGCAUCACGAAUGACGCCUCUGCUAUGGUCCCACAUGCAGAUGGCGACUUUGCCGUGACACACCUGACGAAAGCUCACCUCUUCUAUGACGGACGCAUCAAGUGGACGCCGCCGGCCAUCUACAAGAGCUCUUGUAGCAUCGACGUCACCUUUUUCCCAUUUGAUCAGCAAAACUGCACCAUGAAGUUUGGCUCCUGGACAUAUGACAAAGCGAAAAUCGAUCUGGUCAGCAUGGCCAACCAUGUGGACCAGAUGGACUACUGGGAAAGUGGCGAAUGGGUGAUCAUCAACGCAGUGGGCAGAUACAAUAUCAAAAAGUAUGAGUGCUGCACAGAAAUCUACCCGGACAUCACAUAUUACUUCAUCAUCCGACGCUUGCCGCUCUUCUACACCAUCAACCUGAUCAUCCCGUGUCUUUUAAUCUCCUGCUUGACCGUGUUGGUGUUCUACCUGCCUUCGGAGUGCGGCGAGAAGAUCACGUUGUGUAUUUCUGUUCUGCUCUCCCUCACUGUGUUUCUUUUGCUCAUCACGGAAAUCAUCCCAUCCACCUCCCUGGUCAUUCCACUGAUCGGGGAGUAUCUGCUGUUCACCAUGAUUUUUGUCACCCUCUCGAUUAUUAUCACAGUUUUCGUUCUCAAUGUUCAUCACCGUUCUCCUCGUACUCACACCAUGCCAGCUUGGGUAAGGAAGGUUUUUCUGGAUGUUGUGCCCCGCUUCUUGUUCAUGAAAAGGCCACCGACGGUCAAAGACAAUUGUAAGAGACUUAUCGCAUCCCUGCACAAAAAGGUGACUUCGCCGGCAUUUUGGUCAGAAAUUGAAGUGGAGCGCCCCGUGCCCACCACACCUCCAGGAAGCCAAGGAAGCAAUAAAGUCUCCCCAUCUUCACCUUCAGAUCGUGUUCUAGAGGAAUUGCCAACCACACCUCAAAUUCUUUGCAAGUCUCCCUCAAGUCAAUACUCGAUUCUGUUGGAAGAGCCGGGACAGGUAGAAAAGCCAGCCUCCCCUUCAUCUCCACAGCACCUCGAGGAACCCCAGUCCGUCCCAAAGGCCAGGUCCCUAAGCUUCCAGUACAGUCUUCAGGACAAUGACACCCCUCCCACCGUCCCCCGCUGCCGAUCCCGAAGCAUCCAGUACGACUACCUGAAUGAGGAGACGGUGCCAAGCAGCAGCAGCAGCAGGUCAGCCACAUUCCAGCAGCAGAUCUUGAAGGAAGAAACGGCCAUCGGGAGUGAUGGCAAAUGUCAAUGCAAAAAGCUUCCUGAAAGCCGACCGGCAAAAAUCGGCAACGUGAAACAUCACCACCAGCAUCACCAGCGGCAGCGACUGAGGGUGCUGUCGCCCUCCAUGAAACUGGCCAUUGAAGGAGUGCAGUACAUCGCAGACCACCUCAAGGCUGAGGACGCCAACUUUUCGGUGAAGGAGGACUGGAAGUACGUGGCCAUGGUGAUCGACAGGAUCUUUCUGUGGAUGUUUGUCUUGGUUUGUAUUCUGGGGACUGUGGGUCUCUUCCUCCCUCCUUGGCUGGCAGGGAUGAUCUAAUAGUUUUCCUCUGCUGGUGCACAAGCCUUCAAUUUCUUUUCCCACGCUACUUUUGGGGCACUCUAGCAGGUGAAUUUUACUUUGAACGAAUGCCAUUUGGCCUUUUGAGUGAGCAGGAGACUUUUCAAAUACUUUUAAGUCCUUCCAUGAGUUGGGUGACAUCGCAGCUUUGACACUGAAGGCUCAUACAGUCAGGGGCUUUGGCCUAAUUGAUGCUUUUUAAGUUCCAUCUUCCAUGUCUCCACCUUGCUCAUACAUUACGCGCUGUUGUUGAGAUCGAUUUCCUUUUUUUUUGCAAUCUCUGUGCUGUUCAGCCGCACACACUGUAUGACAGGUAUUUUAUUUUCCUAAAGCAGCACCAGUAAGUCAUCAUUAAUCCUACUAAAGCAGAUCUGACAGAAUUCCUACAGUGAAGGCCUCCUCUCAUCGUGAUUCUCAUGAGGGGAAGGCAGCGAUCAAACAGUUCAGAGAGGGGCGCUAUAAAAAGACUUGACCCUUCUGCUGUGGAUAAAGAAUGCGAGAUCACUUAGCAGUGCCCCCUAGUGGUCUGUCUGCUGAACUGCAUGCUGGGCCUGUGCUGUGCUGAAGAGCUCCCAGGAGCUGGUGGAAGUCAGGGAUAAUGAAAACGAGAAGAAAAUAAAAAUAUUUAAUUUUAAAGGAAAUUGUCUCCUUUAUGUUUUCUCUGCCACAGACACCUCCAUAAAGGGGUGAGGGAAGGAAUGUGUGACUUUUGGUUUUACAUUUAAAUUUGUAAAGAGGGAG